AAAUCCUUUUUUUUUUUACGUUUAUCGUCUCCUUUUUUCAAAGACUGUAUUUUUCAUUGGUCUCUCGUCGGCGGUGCAAAAUCUAACAUGUUUUUACUGAGACCAAUCAACUUGGCAUCUAUUCUUUUUCUUGGUCUUGCCUCCUGGCUAUAUUACAAACAUCCUAGUCUCAAAGAUUCACCACCUGAUGCAGAUUCCCCAAAAUCAGUUUACGACUUCACCGUAAAGGAUAUUCAUGGGAAUGAUGUUCCUUUGAGCAACUACAAGGGGAAGGUUCUUCUGAUUGUGAAUGUAGCUUCGAAAUGUGGUUUAACACAGUCAAAUUACAAGGAGUUGAACGUGCUGUACGAGAGAUAUAGAGAUCGAGGCUUUGAAAUCCUCGCGUUUCCAUGCAAUCAGUUUGGUUAUCAAGAGCCAGGAACUAAUGAGGAAAUCGAGGAAACUGUAUGUACUAGAUAUAAAGCUGAGUUCCCGAUCUUUGACAAGAUCGAGGUCAAUGGAAAGAAUACAGUUCCCCUUUACAACUUCUUGAAGUCGGAGAAAGGUGGGUUGGUUGUCAAUGCUAUCAAGUGGAAUUUUACGAAGUUUUUGGUGAAUAAAGAAGGAAAAGUCGUGGAGAGAUACGCUCCGGCCACAUCGCCACUUGCAGUUGAGAAAGACAUACAGAAUAUUUUACCAUAAUAUUGAAGUGCAUUGUCAAACAGUAGAAAUGAGAUGAAAUAUUCAUCUUCCUCCAUCACUUGGUAUUUAUGGUCCGUCUAUCUGCAGCUUUUUACUUUAGAUUUCUUUGUCAUGAUGUUUAGCCAAAGAUGUAAUGUAAUUUUACUCUAGUUGUAUUCA